AUGUCAGCUCGUAACAAAAAGAUGAAUAUAAUUCAUAUCGAUACAGAGGAAGGUAGAGUGGAGGGUGUUCUUGAGGUAAAAGGUUGCAUCAAGAGGUACUUCGAAAAGAGUUAUAAGGAAGAUAUAGAUGCUCAUAUGGUGUUAACGGGUAUUGAUUUCAAAGACUUGUUAGUUGAAGAUAAUGUUAUGUUGGAAAAGUCUUUCUCUCUUGAAGAAUUGAAGGAUGCUAUUUGGGAUUGUGAUGGGGACAAAACACCGGGUCCCAAUGGUUUUUCUUUAGAGUUUUUCAAGAAGGGGUGGGAUUUUUUGAACGAGGAUCUUAUGAAUUUUCUCAAUGAGUUCUACAUUUCAGGUAAACUUCUUAAAGCUUUGACGGGUUCGUUCCUUGCUCUUUUUCCUAAGGUGGAGAUUCCCUAA